GGCUGCUGCAAUCAUGAGGGAGAUCGUCCACCUGCAGGCAGGCCAGUGCGGCAACCAGAUUGGGGCCAAGUUUUGGGAAGUGAUCAGUGACGAGCAUGGUAUUGAUCCCACGGGAGCCUACAACGGAGACAGUCCUUUGCAGCUGGAAAGGAUUAAUGUCUACUACAAUGAGGCCUCAGGAGGUGGAAAGUAUGUACCCAGAGCCAUCCUUGUGGACCUGGAGCCUGGCACCAUGGACUCCGUGCGUUCUGGACCAUUUGGGCAGAUCUUCAGGCCAGACAACUUUGUUUUCGGUCAAAGUGGUGCAGGCAACAACUGGGCCAAAGGACACUACACAGAGGGAGCCGAGUUGGUGGACUCUGUGAUGGAUGUAGUAAGGAAAGAAUCUGAAAGCUGCGACUGCCUGCAAGGUUUUCAGCUUACUCAUUCCCUGGGUGGUGGAACUGGAUCUGGCAUGGGUACCCUCCUCAUCAGCAAGAUCAGAGAAGAAUACCCAGACCGAAUUAUGAACACCUUCAGCGUUGUACCCUCCCCCAAAGUAUCUGACACCGUGGUAGAACCUUACAAUGCCACACUCUCUGUCCACCAACUUGUAGAAAACACAGAUGAGACCUACUGCAUAGACAAUGAAGCUCUGUAUGAUAUCUGCUUCCGUACACUCAAGCUGACCACCCCUACGUAUGGUGAUCUCAACCACUUGGUCAGUGCAACAAUGAGUGGCGUCACCACCUGUCUGCGUUUCCCAGGUCAGCUCAAUGCCGAUCUCCGAAAACUAGCUGUCAACAUGGUCCCCUUCCCACGUCUCCAUUUCUUCAUGCCAGGAUUUGCCCCCCUAACCAGCCGUGGAAGCCAGCAGUAUCGUUCCCUCUCGGUGCCCGAGCUCACCCAGCAGAUGUUCGACUCCAAAAACAUGAUGGCCGCCUGCGACCCAAGACACGGACGUUACUUAACUGUGGCAGCGGUCUUCAGGGGGCGCAUGUCCAUGAAGGAGGUGGAUGAGCAGAUGCUGAACAUCCAAAACAAAAACAGCAGCUACUUUGUAGAAUGGAUCCCCAACAAUGUGAAGACAGCAGUCUGCGACAUCCCACCCCGCGGCCUGAAAAUGUCUGCCACCUUCAUCGGCAACAGCACAGCCAUUCAAGAGCUAUUCAAACGCAUCUCCGAGCAGUUCACCGCCAUGUUCCGUCGCAAGGCCUUCUUGCACUGGUACACCGGAGAAGGCAUGGAUGAGAUGGAGUUCACAGAAGCUGAGAGCAACAUGAAUGAUUUGGUAUCUGAGUACCAGCAGUACCAAGAUGCCACAGCAGAAGAGGGAGAGUUUGAAGAGGAUGCUGAAGAAGAAGCAGCAACCCCUCUAUCCUGCCAUCAAACGUCCUCUCACCACGCAGCAGGCCCCCUUCCCCACUGUGAGAACCAGCAGAGCCUCUGAAUCAGUGAAGGGUC